AUGACGAAUGAAUGUGUAGAUUUUGUAAUUCAUGAAAUUAACGGAGAAGAUAAAUAUUAUUCUGGAAAUUUUUCGUUUGACGAUCGUCUUUCAGAAGUGCGCAAGCACCUUAGGAAUUAUAAUGAUGUUUACAUGGGAGAAAAUAUGGUGUUUCUUAAAAAAAAUAGAAUAAAAAUUUCCGACCUUGAUGAAGAAAAUUUUAAAGUUUCAGAUAUUUGUGCUGAUGGACAUAUACAUAUUCUAAAGGACCCAACAAAACCAAGUUUGUUUAAAUUUGUUAAUGAAAAUAAUCUCCUUCACGGUUGUUAUUUUGAAGAUGAUAAUGUUAAAAGGGCUCGAAAAGCUGCAUUCAUGUUCAAAAAUGAUAUAACCGCUAAAAUAGAUAUGAAUAAUGGUGGUUUGUCAGAAGAAUCGGUGACGUACACAGAAGAGAUUGAACGGGUAUUUGCAAAAAAUUACAUUAAAAAUGUCAACGCGGACAUUUCUUUGCCUUGGGCGGUUACUUCUAUAAAAGUUGGAAUGAAUGCUGAAAGUUCUAGCGAAAAUUACAAAGCGAUUGCAAAAUCAUAUAAAUUUGGUGGCUUAAAGUGGGCUAAAUGUAGUAUUCAAAUCUUUCGCGAAGAAGUCGAACCGACAGGAGAAUUUAUAAAAGCAAUUGAACGUGCUUUGACAAGUGAAGAUAAAUUGGAUUCAAUUAAACAAUUGUCUCAAGAGUUUGGAUUUUUUCUCCCUCUAUAUAUAGAGUUUGGUGGAAGAAUUCAAUACGAAAUUGAAACACACACCGAAAUACAUACUGAUUCCAAGAAAAAAAAAUUUGCUGCAACGCCUGAAAACGUUAUUUGUAAGAGUUAUGCCGUCAUUGGUGGUGACGAAACUAUCAGACCUGAUGUCGAAAAUAGAGUUAGCUUGGAAAAAUGGACGAAAUCCCUAGGUCAUUUUAAUAAAUGGAAGCCUAUCAGCUACUCGGAUAUUAUAUCAGUCUAUGAAUUAUUAGAUGAUAAUUUACAAGCUCAGUUGCUUGAAUUGCUUGGAAAAGUAGUGCUUUACUCCGAUUUUUGUGAAAUAGAGUUUAAUGACAAGAAUAUCAUGAAUCCCAGAUUACUAUCAAUUAACGAUAAAAUUGCUGAAAGUAAAAAAAAUAUUCUUGCAAAUAUGGCAAAUAAUCAAAUAUUUGCAACAGUUUACAAUUUUCAAAAGGUUAAAGAGGUUUUUUCUGUCCAUGUGGUAUAUAGUCCCGAUGAAAUUCCUUAUUUGGUGGUAAAUUGCAUAAAAACAGCUGAAGAAAAAGAGAAAUUAUCAAGAAAGCGAUUCAAAUAUAUCAUAAAGGUUGCAUGGAUGAUUGUUGGAUUUCGCACUAAUUUUAAAAUUGGAACUCCACUAAACAUUGACUUAAAUAGUUUUAUUAUAAAAAAUUCAGAGCAAGGAGUUUAUCAUAAUUCCAAACUUAACUGUGCAAAGCAAGACCUAUCCAAAAUUUAUAAAUUUUCAAAUGAAUUAGAUUUUCCACUUGGAAUUUGUGCAUUUAAAUGUCAUAACGAAGAAGAAUUUAAUGAAAUUAUAGAAUCUAAUAUUAUUGCUGGUCUUCACUUUUGCCAAAAUAAACAUAAUUGGAUGCCAUGCAAUAAUGGAAAACGAAUAGAUGUUCUUCCUAAAUCCUUAGAAAUCCAUUGGUGCACAAUCAAUACUAAACAUGAACCUGAAAAAAUGAUAUGGCGCAAAUGGAAUGAACGUUCAAUGUAUAAAGGUUUGAAACGGAAAGAAUGUUACAUUGAUAUGGAUAAAAAAAAUGAGAAGCUAUUCUUUAGCCUUUUGCAUAAAAAAGAAAAAAAUACUGAUAUUUGUUCAUUUGCAUUUGUAAAUGCAUGUCUUAAUUACCCUACAUUGCGCUUGUUUGGUGACCCAAAUGUGCAAAGCAAUAAUUUUGAAAAAAUAGGAAGUUAUUAUUUUUCUUAUUCAAUAGUGCCUUGA